ACGAAUUUUCCGGAAUUUUUUACUCCAGUUGUUGCCGAUAUCGCGUCUGCCAUUUAAAUAUGGCGUCGCCAAAACAUUAGUAAGACAUCUGUUUGCGAAAAAGAUCGAAAUGGCGGCUGCAGAAUCGAUGGGAUUAACUUUUGUGGACGAAGAUGACUUGCCUGUAGCAUUUCUGCGAAUCGCCCACGUGGAUUCUGACCAUGAAGCGCCUUCCGAUGUCGAUAGCAGCGAUGAAGAGGAAAAUAGCGAUGAAGAGGAAGGGGAAAGUGAUGGAGAAAUUGAAAACAGCGAUGACGAGGAGCAAAACUACUCCAAUAUGAGAUGGACAUCUACUAUACAACCCCCAGAAGGCAUAAAUUUUCGCGAAGAGGUUGGUUUGAGGGUAGAAAUGGACAAUAACAGUAAUUGUUUAGAUUACUUCCAACUUCUGUUUACUGACGAUGUUUAUCAGCUGAUUAUUCGCGAGACCAAACGGUUUGAGCAUCAAAAACGGCAGCUUGAGGACAAUUCCCUGGGUGAUCUCCACGAUUUUACCCUUCCAGAGCUAAAGGCUUGGCUUGGGCUCACAUUGGCAAUGGGUCUUGUCAAAAAAAGCAAUUUGAAAGCUUACUGGUCAACUGAUUCGGUCACCAAAACUCCACUGUUUUCUAGCACCAUGUCAAGAGACCGCUACCUUCACAUUCUGAGAUAUCUCCACUUUGUAAAUAAUUGCAAUGCCCCAGACCAGACAGAUCCCAACAGGGAUAAACUGUGGAAAAUUAGACCAUUUUUAGAUGCUCUUGUGCCCAGAUUUACAGCUGUAUAUGCACCUUCUCAGAAUUUAUCUCUUGAUGAGACACUGAUCAAAUUCAAGGGCCGUGUUCACUUCAGACAAUUUUUGCCUUUGAAGAGAAGCAGAUUUGGGAUCAAAGGUUUUGUGAUAGCAGAUUCAGCAUCUGGCUAUGUACUUGGUACUUCUAUUUACACUGGAAAAGAGGGUCCAGCAGCAAGCAAGGAUUUGGCUAAGCGAGUUGUUCUAAAGCUAACAGAGCCUUAUUUCAACAAAGGUUACAAAUUGUUUGUUGACAACUGGUAUACCAGUGUACCUCUCUUUCUAGAACUGGAAAAAAAGGGAAUUAGAGCCUGUGGAACAGUGAGGGGAAAUAGAAAGUACCUACCUCAGGACAUUGUUGACCAGCAAUGCGAGCAGGUCAAAAGCCUUGUCAGGGGAGAAUCGCUUUUCCGUCAAAGUGGCAACCUCAUCUGUGUGACAUGGAAGGACCGAAAGCUGGUACAUUUACUCUCAACUCUCCCUGAGGGUUUGGGAAUUGGACAGAUAGAGAGAAGGGUGAAAACACGAGGACAAUGGCAAAGGCAGAACAUUGCACAGCCACAGUUGAUUAACCUGUACAACUCCCAUAUGGGAGGAGUUGAUUUGGGUGAUCAACGCAUAGCAACUUGCUGCAGGCUUAUGAAAGGAAAUAUUUGGUAUUACAAAAUUUUCUUUCAUAUGCUUGAAGUUGCUGUGUUGAAUGCCCACAUCAUGUAUAGAAGAGCUGGCCAUCCUAGAGUCACCCUUGUCAAAUUCAAAGAGAAUCUUGUGCGGGAACUGAUAGGAGGAAAUUCUUUUCGACGGAACAACUUUUCUGGAGGCAAUGUAGCAGUACAGGAUGUCCGCUUUGACCGCCAGCAGUUUCACCAUCCUGUGGCAACUGAUACUCACAGAAACUGUAAAAUACAUAUUCAACGAGUGGAAACAGUCUAUGAGUGCUCGGUUUGCCAAGUGCGUAUGUGUCCAGCACCUUGCUUUGAGCGCUACCACACACUGCAGAGUUAUCUUUUUGAUGACCCCAGUAGAAAUGGUCCCAAGAGACUCAAAGACAGUCAUGGCAGACCAAGAAAUGGUCCAGGCAGACCACUUCAAAGGAGAUCAAGAUGAUUUUAUGUUUCCUCUGAUCAAAACAUUAAUUUACUUAUCGAGGUUUAAGGUUGAUUCAAGUGAACACUAAAAUGAUUUUGAGACUACUGACUGACAUCAAGUUUGCAACUAAAUAUGGUUAAAAGAAGAACAGUAGUGUUUUAUUUUGUGCUAGGAAAAGUGUUCUGUGUAUAUAGAACUUGAUAUUGUGUACAGUUAUUGUGUUGACAAAGUUUUCACUUCAGUUCUGUUCUCUAAUUUGAAGACGGUUGGGGAAAAAAUCUGUUUUAUUACCUUUCUGGAUUUUUCAUAUUUUUUCUGUAAGACACAUGUAUUAGUUCAUUGCACCAAAUGAAAGUGCAAAAUCUCCUCUUUCUAAAAAUGUUAGUUUUAUUGUUU